AUGGACCCGUGCCCGUUCGUGCGGGUGCUGGUCGGCAACCUCGCGCUCAGAAUGCCGGUGGCGCCGCCGGCCGCCGGCGCCGGGGCCGGCGUCCACCCGUCCACGUCGCCGUGCUACUGCAAGAUCCGGCUCGGGAAGAUGCCGGUGCAGAGCGUCCCGGCGCCGCUCGUGGUCUCCGACGGCGGCGAGCAGACGCCGGCGUCCGGGGCACUCGCCGCCGCGUUCCACCUGUCCAAGGCUGACCUGGCGUGGUUCAACGGGAAGCCGUCGCUCUUCUCGUCGCGCGGGGAGGCCAGCCUCAAGGUGUCGGUCUACGCCGGCCGGAAGGGGAGUACCUGCGGCGUCAGCUCCGGGCGGCUGCUUGGGAAGGCUACGAUCCCGCUCGACCUCAAGGGCGCCGAGGCCAAGCCCGCCGUGCUGCACAGCGGCUGGAUCUCCAUCGGGAAGCGAGCCGGGAAGGUCUGUCCCGCUGCGGCGACGGAGCUCAGCCUCACCAUCCGCGCGGAGCCGGACCCGAGAUUUGUCUUCGAGUUCGACGGCGAGCCGGAGUGCAGCCCACAGGUGCUGCAGGUGGGCAGCAGCAUGAAGCAGCCCAUGUUCACCUGCAAGUUCGGAUGCCGCAGCAACAGCGACCUGCGCAGGCCCGGGAUGCAGCCGGAGCGCGACGCCGCGUCGUCGGCCAAGGAGCGCAAGGGGUGGUCGGUGACUGUACACGACCUGAAGGGCUCCCCCGUGGCGAUGGCGUCCAUGGUCACGCCUUUCGUGCCGUCGCCGGGCACGGACCGCGUGAGCCGCUCCAACCCGGGCGCGUGGCUCAUCCUCCGCCCCGCGGGCGACGGCGCCUGGGAGCCCUGGGCGCGCCUCGAGUGCUGGCGCGAGCGCGGCGGCGCCGGCGCGUCCGACAGCCUGGGCUACCACUUCGACCUCCUGGUCCCCGGCGCGGACCACGCCGUCGCACUCGCCGACUCCUCCAUCCCCUCGUCCAAGGGCGGCAAGUUCGCCAUCGACCUGACCGCCGCGCAGCCGCUCAGCCGGGGGGGCACGCCCGGGUGCAGCCCGAGAGGCAGCGGCGACCUGAGCAACUGGCCCCUGGGCAACUACCGCGGCUUCGUCAUGUCCGCCGCGGUCCAGGGCGAGGGCCGGUGCAGCAAGCCGACGGUCGAGGUCGGGGUGGCGCACGUCGGGUGCGCCGAGGACGCGGCUGCGUUCGUGGCCCUCGCGGCGGCCGUGGACCUGAGCAUGGACGCGUGCAGGCUCUUCUCCCACCGACUGAGGAAGGAGCUCUCGCACCUGCGGGCCGACCUACUCCGGUGA